AUGCACUCUCACGUCGCCGCCACUGUCCUCGCCGUCGCCACCGGCAUCUCCAUGGUCCAGGCCCACGGAUACGUUUCUUCCUGGAACAUUGGUGGUGUUGAUUACAAGGGCUUCGACGAGCAGUACCAGACCGACGCCUCGAAGCUGGACGACUUCAUUGCGUGGUCCACCACCGCGUCUGACAACGGCUUCGUCGCCCCCAGCGCUUACGGUGAUGCCGACAUUAUCUGCCACAGGGGCGCCAAGAACGGUGUUCUGAACAACGCCACCGUCGAGGCUGGCGGCUCUAUCACCGCCACCUGGAACACCUGGCCCGAGUCUCACCACGGCCCAGUCAUCGACUACCUGGCCCCCGCUGACGACCCUACCUCUGUCGACAAGACCACCCUCAAGUUCUUCAAGAUCCAGGAGUCCGGCCUUGUCUCCGGCUCCUCCCCAGGAACCUGGGCCUCGGAUGAGAUUCUCAGCAACAACCUCGGCCAUGAGAUCAAGAUCCCUGCCAACCUGAAGCCUGGCAACUACGUCCUGCGCCACGAGAUCAUCGCUCUCCACUCGGCCUCAAACGCUGAUGGCGCCCAGAACUACCCCCAGUGUGUCAACAUCCAGGUCACUGGCAGCGGCACCGAGCAGCCCGAGGGAACCCUGGGCACCGCUCUGUACUCGGCCGACGACGAGGGUAUCAACUUCAACAUCUACACCACCUUCGACUCAUACCCCAUUCCCGGCCCCAAGCUGGCCUUCUCCGGCGCUGCCAAGCGCGAGGAGUCCGGCCGCAAGCACGCUCGCGACUUCCAGAGCUUCGUCCAGGACCUCAACAACUUCUUCUCCGGCAGGAAGGACUCCACUGAGGAGAAGAAGGAGGACGAGAACUAA